AACAACACACGAGCCUCGACGCGUUCGACCGAUCAGUCCUCCGUAAAUUGUCCGCCAAAAAAGAUUUAUAAUGCGCGUCGAACGCUCCCUUCUUCUCACAGUCUUUUUGUUCGCGAUCAUGUUGUCAGUAGGCGAGAAUAACGCAAAUGCAGAAGUCACAUCGCCAUAUGGAGGCCACACAUUGACACUGUCACAUCCCGAUGCAGAAUUUAAGGAUGAUGAAAGACAGCAAUCGGUGGACGAAAGCCGGAUAGAUUUUCAAAUAAGGAAUCAUCGGGGACCGGGGACGUACAUAUUCGGUUUCGACACUGGACACGGAAAAAAUCGGCAAUACAGAAUGGAGGAGCGGCUCCAAGACGGGAGCGUGAAGGGUCGAUAUGGAUUUUACGAUCCGAAGGGAAAGCUCAGAGUUAUCGGUUAUGUUGCGGGCCCGUACAGCGGUUACCAAGAACGCCAUCACGAGACUAUUACUUACAAAAAGCCUGAAACUUAAUGCUCCAUCUCUGUAAAAAAAUAUAUUAUCCCUAAAAAUGUAUUACUUUUCAAUUGUCUUGAACAAAAAGAAUAGAAACAAAUUACACGUUCGGAUGUAAAUAAAUUCUGACGGCGCAAUAGGGUUAAAUCAUUUAUUUAACAAUAACAAUAGCUCUAUAUGUAAGA